AUGGCAGAAACUCACUGCCUGAGAUCUAUUAAAACUUCCCUGGAAGACCCACUAAAACGCUUAAAGUGGAGCUUUGAUGCCAUUACAGCGAGUUCUGUUUGUAGCUUUGUUGGGGUUACUUGCUGGAGCAUAGAUGGAAGCACAAUCAAGAUACUAAAUAUUAAUCUAACGAACAUGGAGCUCAAAGGCCAGUUUCCUCGGGGACUCAAGGAUUGCUCUAGUUUAGUGAGUCUAGACCUCUCAGGUAACCACCUUAGCGGACCAAUCCCACAGGAUAUUGAGCAAAUAUCACCAUAUCUGGUUGAACUUGACCUGUCCAAUAACAGCUUUUCUGGUGAAAUCCCGUCAGCCAUUGCUGAUCUCAGUUAUCUGAAUAUCCUUUUACUAGACAAUAAUCAGCUAACGGGUCAAAUUCCCCCAAGAAUUAGCUGGCUUCGACGGCUCCGGAAAUUUAGUGUCUCUAACAAUAUGUUGUCAGGACCCGUGCCAGAUUUUGCCGUUGCAGUUGUACCGAAGGAAAGCUACACCAACAACAAGGGACUUUGCGGAGGGCCGCUUAAACCUUGUGGAAAUCACGGGAAUCCAUUGAAAUUUGACCUUUCUUUCACAAGUGGUUUCGUGCUUGGUUAUGUGACUUCUGUAGUUUCAGUUAUCACUAUUUUCUUGUCCUAUUGUGUCCCUUGGCUACAUGUAAAGAAGAUUAUAAUAAGUAGAUGGAGGACUCAAAGCAAGAGAACAGUUGCUGAUAGGGUAAGCAAGUCACCACCACGUCUCCCGUCGCUUCAGGAUAAGUGCAAAAAGAUUCAUCCUUGGGAGGAACAGAUUACAAGCCUGAAAUUAGAAGAUAUCAAAAAGGCAACCAACAAUUUUAGCCAAAAUAAUGUAAUUGGGACGGGACAAACAGGGACAGUGCACAAGCAACACUCCCCAAUGCAAAUCAACAUAGUUGGACUCCGGGGUUUCUGUGUGGAAUCAAUGGAAAGAUUUCUUGUAUACGAAUAUUUAUCAAAUGGAAACCUUUAUGAAUGGCUUCAUCCAACAGAUGAUGGGCCAAGUCAUAGACUGGAGUGGCCCUCGAGGGUGAAAAUCGCAACAGGAGUGGCAAGAGCUUUGGUUUCUCUCAACAACUUUGGAAUAUUCCAUUUUGACAUAAGCUCCAAGUGCAUCUUAAUUGAUCAUAAUUUGGAGCCCAAGUUAUCAAAUUUGAAGCAGGCCAUGCAGUCGGCUUUUAAUAAGGAGGAUGUCUACAGCUUUGGAGUAGUGCUUCUUGAGCUCAUCAGUGGUAAGGAGCCAAGUACAAUUGAGAUAUCUCAUUUAUCAGAGAGAUUUUCUAUGUAUUCUGAUGAUACCAUCGAUAAGUCUCUAAUUGGUAAAGGAUUUGAUGGAGAGAUCUUUCUGUUCCUUAGAGUUGCAUGUCAGUGUGUUCAGGAAUCGUCGGAUCAGAGGCCAACAAUGCUUCAAGUGUACAAAAAACUUUGUGGCGUUGCCAAAAGUUAUGGCCUUGUUGAUACUCCAGAGAUAAUGAUUAUGCCAGCUGAAAUUACUGCACCAGCCGCUGGAGAUGAAUGCGUUGAAGUGAAUGAAAUAACAGAAGUGCCAUACUGA